UAACCCUAGCACUCUAACCUAUAUAUACCCACACCCUCUAACCACUUUCUCUCUCUUUCUCCUUCUUCUUCUUUUCCCUGAUUCUCCAUUAAUACCAAAUUAGGGUUUCUUCACUGUAAUGCGAUUCCUUCACCCAACAACCUCACAAGAUUAACCUCCAAUCUUUCAUUCCAAUGGCAGAGAACAAACCCGGCAUCAUCGGUUACGCUUUGGCGCCCAAGAAACAGAACAGCUUCAUCCGCGACUCACUCCUAACGCUCGCCAAAUCGCGCGGAAUCCAACUCGUCCGAGUCGACUCUGACCGUUCUCUAGCAGAUCAAGGUCCCUUCGAUUGCGUCCUCCACAAACUCUACGGCGACGACUGGAAACGCCAGCUUCAAGAGUUUCAAUCAAGAAACCCUAAUGCGGUGAUUCUUGACGCUCCCGAAGCGAUUGAGCGGCUUCACAACAGAAUCUCAAUGCUCCAGGUUGUUUCCGAGCUUAGGGUUGACGACCGAACCGAGACGUUCGGGAUCCCGAAGCAGAUUGUGAUUUACGAUAAGGAAACUCUCUCCGACGGUCAGGCUUGGGAGAGUUUGAAGUUUCCGGUGAUAGCGAAACCGCUUGUGGCUGACGGGAGUGCGAAAUCGCAUAAAAUGGCUUUGGUUUUUAGCCAUGGUGCGUUGAAUAAGCUGAAGCCUCCGAUUGUUUUGCAGGAGUUUGUUAAUCACGGUGGGGUGAUUUUCAAAGUGUAUGUUGUUGGUGAGAGGGUUCGUUGUGUGAAGAGGAAGUCUCUGCCUGAUGUUUCGGAGGAGAAGGUUUUGGGGGUUUCUGAAGAUUUGCUGUCGUUUUCGCAGAUUUCGAAUCUGGCGAACCGGGAUAGUGUGAAUGAUGAUGAGAAGUUUUAUCAGAUGAUGAGUUUGGAUGAUACUACUGAGAUGCCUCCGCAGGCUUUUAUUGUUGAUAUUGCUAGUGGGUUGAGGAAGGCGAUGAAGCUGAAUCUGUUCAACUUCGAUGUGAUUCGUGAUUCGAGAUAUGGAAAUAGGUAUCUUAUUAUUGAUAUCAAUUACUUUCCUGGGUAUGCUAAAAUGCCGGGUUAUGAAAGAGUUUUAACUGAUUUUUUCUGUGAUUUGAUACACAAGAAAGAUGCUGAUGAUAAAAAUGUGAAAGAGAGUGAGGUUAUAACUGAUGGUGAUAAGAGCAAUGCUGAGGUUUUAACUGAUGAAAUAGAUAAGUCCAAGUCUGUUACAGUACAAAAAUGAUUGUGUGAAGCAUAGUGGUUGUUGCUGUGGUUUUUGCACAACCAGAGUCAGAGUCAGAGUUUCUCUCCGAUGGACCCUUUUAUCUGAAUUUGCAGCUGUGAUCAAGAAAAAGAUUUAGUUCAAAGAUUUAGUUCAAGAAUUUCUGAUUAGGUGUAGAAAUUGGGUGGGUCCAAUGGUGAAAAACUAGUUUUAGGUUUGUAUGUUGGUUAGUUUUUCUUUAACUUCUUUUAACAUGUAUAUUCUAUCCAUCAUUGCUUUGGAGAUAGGUACCUUUUUCAAACACUGUCAAGGUUAAAGAAAAUUGUAUUUUGAGGCUAAGAUCAGAAUACUAGAAACUGUUUUGCUUUGUGCUUUUUAACUCAA